AUUCUUUCUUUUGUUUAAAAAAAAAAACUUUUGGAAAACAGAACUUUUUGAUGUCUUCUUUACAACAGUUCGCCAACAAUGUUGCUUCAGCCUAUCAAACACAAAACUCUCUAGCUUUUGAACAAUUAUUUACCUUAGAUCCCAAUGCUUCUAACAUAACCUUAUUACAACAAGCACUCUCUAUGUAUCAAGAUGAAACGGCCUUUGAACAAGACAUUGAAGCUAUUUUAGAAGACUCAUCAGUAGCUCUCGCGAACUUUACCAAUAAAUAUUUGCAUUUGAUCUAUUAUAUUCAAGAUAAUGACUUGCUCUUGGUAUUUGAUCUUUUUGAAAACUUUUACAGUGCUCUUAUACCUGUCUUUAAUGGAUCUGAUAGUGCGUUUCAAGUACCUUUAGUUAAAAACCUUUCUUCAGCAUUAGUAGAUUCGGCAUUUUUGGUAGACAAGACACUCCAGUUACGAGGAAAAUCUCAAAAAGCUAAUGUAGCUGCUCGGCUAUUAUCCAAAAUCUUCAAUAUUAUGCUUGCCGAUAGGUCUGGUGUAGAGACAAACAGCAUAUCCAAACGUGCUGGUAUUUUUCAUAUCACCAAUCUUGCCUUCAAAGUGUAUUUUAAAUUGAAUACAGUUAGGAUGUGUCAAACAUUCAUUGCUAAUCUUCAAACUGGUGGUGUAGAACUCAACCAAUACCCGAUCUCACAACAGGUCACAUAUCAAUACUAUCUAGGAAGGUAUAGCUUAUUCCAAAAUCGACUACGACUGGCAGAAAAAUAUCUUUUAUUUGCAUUUGAAAAGUGUACUUCACAUCAUUGGCACAACAAAAGAUUGAUCUUAAAAUACCUCGUACCAACACGACUUUUACUUGGCAAGUCAGCAAAACCUCAAUUACUUAUCAAAUACAAUUUACUCGAACCCUAUGGACUACUAAUAUUGACAUUGAAGAGGGGCGACUAUUAUGGAUUUCAGCAACAUUUGGAAAAAUAUUUUGAUUACUUUUAUGGAACAUUUACUUAUGUAUUACUGCGUGAACGAGGAAAAGUAUUACUUUGGCGAUGCUUAUUGAAAAAAGCAUAUCAUUAUCUGUGUAUAAUAGAUGAAAAAACUGGAAAUACUAUGCCAUUACAAAAGUGUCUUGAAGCCUUACAGUUUGCUAUGCAUAAUAAAGAUUUAGAUUUGGCGGAUGCAGAAUCGAUUGUAGUAUCUUUGGUUAGUCAGGGUUACAUCAAAGGAUAUAUUCAUCAUCAAAUGAAAGUAUUAGUACUCUCCAAAGUGAAUCCCUUUCCACGUUUGGCCGAUGUCCUGAUAUAUACGGAAGUCUAUGAUGAAAUGGCGGAAAAGAAACAUCAAGCUCUAAAGGAACAAGCAACUACCAAUGGAAUGUUUGAUUAGUAUAUAGAUUCAAUGCAAAUAAAAAAAAAUCUCACACACAUAUUUCAAAUCGAUGAUGUUGAUUGGUUCAGAAUUUAUGUCUUUGAC